AUGAAGGAAUGGGGAGAACUGGAAGCACGUUAUCAGCAGAUGAAGACAAAAGAUGCCAAAGGCGCCGAGUCCUUCAAAGUAUCGAUGACAAAUCGUUUCCAGAAGACCGUUGCUUCAUUAGAAGAUGAGCACAAACGACUAAAGAAGCAGCUUGAGGCCACCCAUGAAGAACGUGUGCAGGCUAUUCUCAAUGAGAAGAAGAGAACUGCCACCCAUGAAUAUCGCCAAGCACUUGCUAUGCAUGACAAAUCGGCUAACAAACAUCACGUGCUGAAAACGCUCAAGACCUAUAUCCGAUCGGAGGAGAAGGAUCGUAUUCACACCAUCAACCGAUACCGUCAUCUUCUUCGUGUCGAUCAAGCGGAAGCUGCUGCCUUUAAGCCUACGGUACUUCACAGGCUCAGAUAUAUCGAUCUGCGUAUCAACGGAACCCUGGCCAUGCUACGCGACUUCCCUGAUCUCGAGAGUCAAGUGCGUCCGAUUGCAGUAGCAUACUGGUCUGAUUUCCGCCGUGAAAACACGCCUGAACUAUCCGAUAGUGCCAUUGAUGCUCUCAAUUCACUGGAUAGUGACGCAAAGAACAAGAAAUUGGUGGAUCUAUACAAGGAAGCAUAUGAGAAGCUUCACCCGAAUGCUAAGCUGGAUGUGAAAGCACCUCCAACGACUACUGUAACCACUACAACAACCACGCAGAAGACUACACAGGAGCCGGCUAAGCUUCUGUCUGAGGACUCUCAUGAUUCCGAGGAAGAUGACGAUGAAUACUACGAAGACGAGGAUGACGAAGAGGUCAAGAAGAAUCCUACAGUGAAAAAGCCAAAGGAAUCCAUCAAAGAACUCCGCGUCGAUAUUGAACCGAUCAUUGAGGAAAAGCCAGCAUUCUACCGUCAAGAGAAACUCGUUCAAACACAGAAGUCGUCGUACCAGGAAAGCGGUCUGCUGUCAUCCUCACAGGCGGUGUUCAUCGUGGGAAUGGUGGCACUUGUCUCGCUGACAAUGUUGGUCGCUACUAUUGUUCGACGCCGACGAGCGCACCACGGGUUCAUCGAGGUCGAUGUCUACACUCCUGAAGAACGUCACGUGGCUGGUAUGCAGGUGAAUGGCUACGAGAAUCCGACGUAUUCAUUCUUCGAUAGCAAGGCUUGA